AUGCUGUCUCUCUCUUGGUUUGUAUGUUUGUAUGUAUCUCUUUCUCUGUUUUUCUCCCUAUCUCUUGAUUCUUUUCUUUGUCUAUCUUUCUUGCCAGAUGGUGAAUUGGUUGAAGAGAAUUUUGAUGUCAUUAUUGGCAAUGAUGGUGCUUUUUCUGCUGUUCGUAACCAACUGAUGAAGACAACACGUUUUGAUUUUCAACAGUGUUUUAUUCCCCAUGGAUAUAUGGAGCUGACAAUUCCACCCAAUUCCAAAGGCGAUUUUGCCAUGGAAUCAAAUUGUCUCCACAUUUGGCCAAGAGAAGAAUUUAUGAUGAUUGCCUUGCCUAAUCUUGAUCGUUCAUUCACUACAACACUUUUCAUGCCAUUUGAGAUCUUUGAAUCAAUCCACAAUGAAGAUGAUCUGAUAAAUUUCUUUCAGAAGGUUUUCCCGGACUCUAUUCCUUUUAUAGGAAAGCAAGAAUUGAUCAAGACUUUCUUAAGCCGAAAAGCACUUCCUCUGGUUUCAGUCAAGUGCAAGCCAUAUAACAAAGAAGGUAAAGUGGUCAUCAUGGGGGAUGCUGCCCAUGCUAUGGUUCCUUUCUACGGACAAGGAAUGAAUGCGGGAUUUGAAGAUUGUCUCAUUUUAGAAAAAUUCUUAAAUGAAUGUAAUGAUAAUUUUGAUGAGGCACUAACAAAAUAUUCUCAAUUCCGUCAUGUUGAUGCCAUUUCAAUUUGUGACUUGGCAAUGUAUAAUUAUGUUGAGAUGAGGUCUUUGGUUAAUUCCAAAUUGUUUUUGCUGAGAAAAUCUCUGGAUAACCUUUUAAACAAAAUCUUUCCAAGCUCAUGGAUCCCCCUUUACACUAUGGUGAGCUUUUCUCAGAUUCGCUACCAUGAAUGUGUUGAAAAUAAAAAAUGGCAAGAUCAGCUGUUGAAGAGAAUCUCCAAAAUAAUUACCGCUUUGUCAGUAAGCAGCCUUGGCUUUUUGUUAUGGAUUCAGCGAAUGAACAUAAUCUCUCUGCUUCAAGAGUAUGGCCUCAUGUGA